ACGAAACGCGCUAAUAAGGAUGGAAAGUAUCAAGAAAAGGAAAGUAAAGAUAUUGGCAAUGCUUUAGACCCGGAAGCCGAACCUCUAUCCUGGGGAUGGGUAUGUGCCAGGGUGGCAGAUAUGCUUACUCAUAACCCACACGGGUUAACAGAAUGUGUAAUGUUGAACAAAUUGCUUUCUGAGUGGCAAGAAAUGAGCGUUGAAUAUCGAAAAGGAGUUCCAAAAGUAUUCGCACCUUUUCGUACAAUACAUCCGCGGUUUAAUACCAAAAUUCGCGACUAUGAGCUUAUUGUCAAGGAUAUUAAGAGGUAUACACAUCAAUUCACCUUGUCCGACAACUCAGACUGUUCUACAGUCAAUAUGUAUAUACCACCGAGACUUUUCCGAUUCAUCACAGAUGGAUAUUUUCCAGAGUUGUUCAAUCAGAAAAAUCGUCGCAUCAGGUUCAAUCGUGCGUCAUUAUCAAAGACAGCUCCAAAAUUAACUUUUCUGAACACAGGAAAUAUAUUGAUCAUGUUGACACAGUCCGAUGAGGAGUUCAUUGAUAAGCUAUUUACCGAUUCAUUCCUUGACAUAACGCUAGGUGAUAUCAGUAACGGGAGAGGGUAUCAAUUUUGGAUGAGGGUAGUACACGUUGGUCCCAAAGAGCCUGCCAAUUUUGUCGGAUUUUCAAACAAAGUGUGUGUGUACGUUCGUGAUAUGUUGAGUACGCGAUGUGCUACUCUGGUUUUGUUAGAUGAUAAAAUACGCAUAACAAAUUUGUUUAAAACGGGAGAUUUUUUGGGAAUACAUUGGCCUUACAUUGAACCCGAGAGUGGAAAUCAAGGUGGAAUAAUUCUCCACUACUGCGAUUCAACCGUGUUAUUUUGUUUGCCGAUGAACGAUCUUUGUAAGACUAAACAUAAUCCAAAAAGCAAAUUUAAUUAUCAUGAUGAUUCGCAUAUGAUUGAUUAUAAAUACCACCAUGAGCGCUUCUUCAUAAAUAAGUUGCCGCCAAGAGGUUUGAACGUCACUCUUUAUGGAAAACUCGAGAGCAUCUCAGAAAAUGAUCCGUCUAUGUCAAAUGAAGGCAAACAAGUCGAUCGAUAUGCGAUAAAAUUAAGUGAUAGAACCGGGUGUGUGUCGAUCACUUUAUGGGGAAGGGUUGGGCGUGAGGUGUCUCAAUUUCACAUUGGACAAUAUAUCGUACUAGAAGGGUUGCGAGCAUGGAGAAAAUUUGAUGGAACUAUGGAAGUUAAUGGGGAUGUAUCAAUAGGGACAGUGAUUUAUAAUGUUAGCAUGGCAGAAGGAUGGCUAGCAAUUUCAUCCUUACGAGGUAAUUCGUUACCGUUAGACAUCAUCAUCAAACACUCUAAUGAAUCCUACCUUGAUCAAUUUGUUUGCCGUUGUUUGAUCACUGAUUGGGCGAUAAGCGACAAAUCGUCCGCCAUAAAAUGGUGUUUGGAUGAUGGUACUGGAGUUAUUUGGGUUGAAGCUGCGGGUUCUAUAUCACAGGAUAUACUGCACUCCAUCGGGAUAGAAGUAAUAACAGAACGUUCAAUGAGAGCCAAAUUGACGAAGGAACAACUGGGACAUAAUAUUAAGGGGAAAAUGCUUUGGUGUUGCAUUUCAGUGCUAGGGACCGGAAAGUAUCAAUUCAAUUCUGUUCUGAUGGAUUACAGCGAUGGCUCACGAUCACUCGCACAGGCUGACUGUCAUAAAAUGUUAAAGGAACUUCAACAAUCUAAAUGUGAACAUCGUUGA